AGAGGGCAGAAGUGCCCUGGAGUGCAGACCCCAGCAGAUACUCUGACCAAGCACAGGAGCAUGAACUGAGCUUGCUGGGGACAGAGAACAGCCAAGGGGCAGCCGGCAGUCAGCUCAAGUCCUCACAAAGGAGGGCAAUACCACCUGUGGGCCAGGACAGUCUGCUCGAGGGCCAGCAGCCAGGAACGUGGCAAAGAACUUGGACCUGAGGUGGGCCCAUGGUGUAGCUGUGGUGUGCUUGCCAGAGUGGCCUCCAAGCCCACCCUGAAAGGUGAUCCAGAGACCAUAGAACAGAAAGGCUUCCUUCUCAGAGUGAGCUGCUGGAAGCCCACCAGCGUCAGCAGUGCCAAGAGGAGCUGGGGUGCCAGUAUCUGUGCAUCUUCAGAGGCAGCAGGGGCCAGCGUGCCACAUCUGGCCCCCGUCCUGAAAGGAUAGAUGGUACUUGGCCUGUGACCCUUGGCUGAGGCGCCAUGGUCAGGCUCUGCCAGGCCCUGCUGCUGCUAGUGGCCAGUGUGGCCCUUGCAUCCAGAGGAGUCCAAGCCUGGGGCUCAACGAAGGUGGUGAGGACAUUCCAAGAUAUCCCUCAAAACUAUGUCUAUGUGCAGCAGGCACUCUGGUUUGCCAUGAAGGAGUAUAACAAGGCCAGCAGAGACAAGUUCAGCUUUAGGGUGCUGAAGGUUCUGAAGAGCCAGGAGCAGGUGACAGAUAGUUUGGAGUACUAUAUUGAGGUCAAAAUUGCCCGAACAAUUUGCAAGAAAAUUUCAGAAGAUGAAAACUGUGCAUUUCAAGAGGAUCCCAAAAUGCAAAAGGUGGUUUUUUGCACUUUUAUUGUUGCAUCUAAACCAUGGAAAUUUGAACUCACCAUGCUGAAGAAACAAUGCAAAGAUAUGUAGUUAUCUUCUAGCGUGUUCUGCCACACUCAUUUCCAUUUUAAAGAAGACACUUGCAAGAACUAGAACAACACAGUUAACCCAUUGACUUCAUUUUUUUGGCCUUUUUGCAUUUUUGUGUGUUCUUCAUGGGCUGAUGUUGAAAAUCCAUGAUGUGUUUUGACAGCAUUGCACAGCCUAUUCUAGCUGGAUACUUCACCUACUAGCUGGGAUAAUCUGCUACCAAUAAAUGGAAGUAGUUUCUACUCCUCACCCAA